UCUCCGGGCUCUACAAAGAAGCAGCGUCGACAUCCUCACGGACCUUGGAGGGUUACAUUUACCCAAAACCUUUUUUCAAAUGGGCCCCGUCGCCUAGCGUUUACUCCCCCCAUCCUCGCCGUCUGAGUUGAAUUGAGUGCUACUGAACAUCAGCACAUCGUCUGGGUUAGUAAAGGUUUCCAUCAAGCCCAUCAGUGACCAACUCCUGAAGUAUGGCAGCCAUUCCAGCAGGCGGUUCCCUCGUGGCGACCACUGACUACUACCGAAGGCGCAUCGGCUCUACAUCCAGUAGUAGCUCUUGCGGCAGUUCGGAGUACAGUGGGGAGGUCAUCCCUCACCAUCCAGGUCUCCCCAAGCAGGAUUCUGGCCAUUGGUGGUCCAGUUUCUUCUUUGGGAAGCAGCCAGGGAUGACACCAUUGACUGAGGAGGCACAGCAGAAGGCGGGGGUCUCGGGUGCAGUGACCAAUGGUCAGAUCACCUGCAUCGCCAAGGAGAUGGUGAUGCAGCGGCAGGCGAGCGAGAGCAGCGACGCAGGAAGCCCCGCCUCCUCGUGAUCCUGCAUCUCUCUUCAGUCUGCACUGCACCCUGGGGAGAACCGAACCAACGACCAACGCUAGGCGACGGAGAUCGUCCCGUUUACAUCAUUUUUUUUUUUUUAUAUGUAUUCAUCUUAGUAAAGGCUGCAUUGUUUUUUCAUGUUUCAUAACUUCUUUUUCUAACGACUAAAAAACUGAAGAAAAAAAAUGAAGCUGAGUUCCUUAACAUUUGUAACAUUUUGCUUUGUGACAUCUUUCUAUUGACACUGUGGUGCAUAUUUCCACUUGUUUUUGUUACCAGAAUUGUCUCCUUGUAAUAUUGCAAAUGCAAUAAAGUAGUCUGUUGCAGCCUAA